CACUCUUCAUCGCGACUUCAUCAUCAAUAAGAUGUUUGGAUAUCCCCGACAUUUCGGUCCUUACACUUUUGACCUUUCUGGUUCGCGUUGAGACUAUCCUCAUCAUGGCGUCACGACCGACCACCCCCUCAGGCUCUGCUUAUCGCCCACCUAAGCCGCAGCGUAUCCUCGCGUGCGUGCUUUGCCAACAGCGCAAAGUCAAGUGCGAUCGUAAAUUUCCCUGCAACCAUUGUGUGAAGGCAAGGGUACAAUGUGUACCCGCCCAGCAGAUGCCGAGACGGAGAAAGAGGCCUACUGAACAAGCACUCACGGAGAGACUGAGGCAGUAUGAGGAACUGCUAAGGAGGAACAACAUUGCGGUCGAAACCACUGACGAUAUGGACGUCGAGGGAACCUCUGCAGACGUCGAGGGCCAAGGGUUGAGGUCCACAGGUCAGACGCAUUUAGAUGGUGUAGCACAAGUUCCUGAUGGGCAACCAGCAGGAGCUGAGGUUGUCAAGAGCGAAUACCAAACGUUGGGCGAGGUCAAGAACUUCUGGGAUGCGAUGCAUCAAAGGCCUCCUGAUUCUCAUGAUGUCACUGAGGAAGCAAAUGUCGACAACAACUUCGGCAAUCCUACGUUCGAUGAUCUUUCAGAGCCGGUCAUUAUCAAAGUCUGGGGCCGUGUGUACGAUAGCGACCACAAUCACCUGUUUGGAGACUCUAAGAUCGAUGUCCCUUUGUCAACAUUACAUCCUAGCCAUGUACAGAUCUUCAGGCUUUGGCAGAUCUAUUCGGACAACAUCAACCCGCUGCUCAAGGUUACGCAUGCGCCAACCCUUCAAGCGCGCAUCCUCGAUGCUGCUGUCGAUGUUGCGGGCAUCAGUCGUGAACUGGAAGCACUGAUGUUCAGUAUAUACUGCGCUACUAUCAUCACUCUUAGUGAGGAUGAUUGCCAUGCUAUGCUCGGAGAUUCAAAACCGAAGCUGCUCAGAAAGUACCAGAAUGCUUGUCAUCAGGCUCUUAUUAACUGUGGAUUUCUGCGGUCUAGAGAGCGUGACUGCUUGACAGCAUUCUUCCUCUACUUGGUCUCGCUCAGGCCAGACACCCAUCCCCACACACUAUCGCCGAUGUUCGCCAUCGCUUUCCGGAUUGCUUACCGCAUGAACAUCGCAAACGAGGCUUCUAACGUCAAACAUGGAGUAUUCGAAGCGGAGAUGCGCCGUCGACUGUGGUGGGCGAUGGUCGCAUACGAUAGUCGCAUAUCCGAGAUGACCGACUACAAAACCACUCAGCUCAUCCCGACCUGGGACUGCAAGAUUCCUGUGAAUGUCAACGACUUCGAUCUGAGACCGGAGAUGACUACACGCCCGACAGAUCAAGAAGCGUCCACCGAGGCACUCUUCGCCAUUGUGCGUGGUGCAAUAGGGAACUAUGUCAGACACAACGCCUUACAUCUCGACUUCAUCAAUCCAAUGCUCAAACACGUCGCCAAAGCAACUCAACACGUCUUCGACCCAUAUGAUGACGAUCUGAAUGGGCUCGAAAACAUCAUCGAGAACCGACACCUCAAGUACUGCAAUCUCGAGAACCCAUUGCACUACAUGACGAUUUGGUGGGCUCGCAAUCACCUUGCCAAAUACCGCUUUUUCCUCCACUGCUCGCAGCACUCUCGAUCGCCUGAUCACCAAAGCACCGUGCAGCGUGACGCGAUCCUCUCGUAUGCGUUUCGCAUGCUCGAAUGCGACACUGCGCUCAUGUCGUCACCUCUCACUAAAGGCUACCAUUGGCUCAUUCAGUUUCACUUCCCCUUCCCCGCAUACGUGCGCAUUGUGCAAGAUCUACGCUCACGUCCGGUCGGCGCACAUGCGGACAAGGCGUGGGAAAUCAUGAAUGCGAAUUACACGGUGCGUUUUGUGGAUAUGGAGCCGAGUGCCAACAUUCUAUUCAAGAUGUUUGCGUCUACUGUCUUGCAAGCUUGGGCGGCGAGACACGCCGCACUGUUUGGUCAGGAUGGUGCAGAAAGUGCAAGGAGAAUGAUUGUCGAUAUCAAGAAGAAGCUGGGGCAGCCUUCGCCUCCCAUCGCGACUGCGGACGAUGCUGUGCCUCCCGUGCAAGGAGGGAUGUCGAUGCUUCCACCGAGUGAAGUCCAGGUGUUUCCCUCAAUUGGUCAGGACUCAGUCAAUUACUUGGACCCGAGUCUCGCAGAGCUGAACACUGAUCUAUUUGAGAUGGACUGGGGGAACGUUGACUGGAAUGCGAUGUCAAGGAUGGGUUGGCCAUAAUGCAAGCUGCGGUGUGUAGCUGUGUCAGGCCUAUUUCCACCACUCAGAUACAGGCGCACUGUACGACAGGCUACUCGACAGCCUCGUCUAACCGCCUGACAUGUAAACAAGCUUUUGUAAUGAGCAUACGAGAUGUAGUUGAUCAGCCACGGGGAUAGCGCCAACCAGUCCCUGGCGCUAAAGCAGCCUCGUCGAGCCCCACCCGUCACCAAACACCCUGCCUCUUACGGAUACCACGCCCUUCCAUCGGGCUGAGCACUUGUGCGGCCUUGUGCACUCAGGCUUCCGGAAAUCUUCCUAGGUUUAUAUCUUGUCGGGAUAACCUGUGAAUCCAAGAUUGCGCCCGGUCUGCGCCUGCACGCUCGCAUCUUCCUUAACGAUUACGGUCACUGACUCGCAUAGUCCCUGCGCACGGCGACUGCUUCUAGAUCUGCUCCAACAGCACUGUCCAUGCACUUUGCCUGGUUGUACCUUCUCGUGAG